AUACGACUCUGUGAGGAAGAAAGUUCAGGAAAAGCAAGCGUAUACAAGAAGGAAGGUUUCUCCAGGGGUGCUCCCAGGAUGGACAACUGGAACCAAAGGUUUAUUCUUGUGCUUUUGACCAUGUUGUGCUCAACCGAUGCCCAAACUACUGUCUGCAGAGAAACUGCCAUUGCAGACCUCGUGUUCCUGGUGGACGGAUCCUGGAGCAUAGGAACAAAGAACUUCAAAAGCAUGCAAGACUUUCUGUACACCAUGGUUGACGGCUUGGACAUUGGACCGGAUAAAAUCCAGGUUGGACUGAUUCUGUACAGCGACUUGCCUCACAACGAGUUCUUCCUGAACACUUUCCACCGCAAAGAAGACAUCUUAACCCGAAUUCAGAACUUGCACUACAAAGGAGGGGGGACCAAAACUGGGAAGAGUUUGAAGUUUAUGCUGGACCAUCAGUUCAACGAAGUGGCCGGCAGUCGGCGCCGCGAAGGCGUCCCCCAAGUGGCAGUUGUGAUAACAGACGGGGAAGCUCAGGAUGAUAUCCGUGAGCCGACAAGGCUGGUCAAGAGCGCAGGCAUCACCCUCUAUGCUUUGGGCAUUAAGGAUGCUGCUUUGUCGGAGCUUCAGUUAAUCGCUAGCGACCCGGACGAGACGCAUGUCUACAAUGUGGAAGAUUUUGCCGGCUUACAGGGCAUCUCCCAAAAUCUGCUUCAGGUGAUUUGUACUACUGGCGAAGAAGCCUCUCAACACAUCACUCAGAUUUCUCCAGUGUGCCGAAAAGCCACCGUGGCCGACAUCGUAUUUUUGGUGGACAGUUCCACCAGCAUUGGUGAGGAGAAUUUCCAGAAGGUGAAGAGCUUUCUGUACACAAUGAUUUCCAGCCUUGACAUCGGCCCGGAUCAGGUUAGAAUUGGGCUGGCCCAGUAUAGCGACACCACCUACAGGGAAUUCCUCUUAAACCAGUAUUCUUCAAAGAGCGACAUUCUGGGACAAAUAGAGAAUUUGCCAUUCCGGAGGGGAGGCACUAACACAGGCGCUGCCUUGGAUUUUAUCAGGGAAGAGUACUUCACAGAAUCUGCCGGGAGCAGAGCCCGGGAAAACUUCCCUCAGGUCGCCAUUCUGCUCACCGAUGGCGAAUCCAGUGAUGGAGUCAAGGUUCCCGCUAGCAAACUGAGGGCAAGAGGUAUCUCUGUUUAUGUGGUGGGGGUUGGCAUCCAGAACACCACCGAACUGCAGGAAAUUGCCAGCAGGCCUUUGAACAAGUUCCUGUUCAGCACUGACAGAUUUGAUAUCCUUGAAGAACUCUCCGGCAGUCUCCUCCGAACGAUGUGCUUUGCAGUGGAGAGCCAGAUCAGAGCGUUUGCAAAGCACUAUGCUGACGUGGUUUUCCUUAUCGACUCCUCUGACACAAUGGGCGCCCCCAACUUUGAAGCAGUCAAAAAAUUCACCGCUCAGAUUGUCGAACAACUAGAUGUCGGGGCUGGCAAGUACCAGAUUGGCUUCGCGCAAUACAGUGGAGAAGGGAAGAGAGAAUUUUUGCUGAACACUUACGAGAGCAUGGAAGAUGUUCUCAACCACAUCCAGAACAGCAUCGAAUUCAUGGGAGGCCCUUCGCAGACUGGGGCUGCCCUGCAAUUUCUGCAAGAUGUCUAUUUUACCGAGGAAGCUGGGAGCCGGUUCAACCAAGGGACGCCACAGUUUACGGUGGUCGUCACCUCCGCUAAAUCUGAGGACGACGUCAAGAAAUCCGCCAAGCGGCUGAAAGAAAUGGGAGUGAAAGUUGUAACAGUUGGCAUCUUGGAUUCUGACAGGGAGGAAAUGGAAGAGAUUGCUACUGACACUUUGGUUUAUCAGGCCGAUGAUGUACAGAGCCUCAAUCAGGUUCAGCAGACUGUGGUAGACAUUUUGGACGUAUCAGUUCAUCAACACUACGAUGAUGCUCUGGGCAUAGAUGUGCCAGCAGUUUGCUACAGCGCGUCCGUGGCAGACAUUGCGUUCCUUGUGGACGAAUCCAGCAGAAUCGGGGAGAGGAAUUUCCAGCUGAUCAGGGCUUUUCUCCUCAAGAUUAUCGGGGCUCUGGAUAUAGCCUCGGAUAACAUACGCGCCGCCUUGGUACUUUACAGCGAUGAGCCCAGGCUGGAGUUUGGCCUGAAUGCAUUUCGAGACAAGUCGGAGGUGGUGAAUUAUGUGAAAACGUUGCCGUACCGUGGUGGGGAAUCAUACACCGGCGCUGCCAUCAACUUCCUGAGGGAGAAUGUUUUCACCAAAAGAGCCGGGAGCAGGAAGGAUGAAGGAGUUCAGCAGCUGGCGGUGGUGAUCACGGACGGCCAGUCCGUAGAUGAUUUCACGGGACCCGCCUCCCAGCUUCGACGGAACGGCAUCACAGUGUACGCCGUGGGCAUCCAAAACGGCACCGAGAGUGGCCAACUGCAGAAGAUUGCGUCUCAUCCCCCCAGGAAACACGUCUCCAAUGUUGAAUCGUUGUUGCAGCUCUCAAACAUCGAGUGGAAGAUAAAGAAACGAAUUUGUACCGAUAUUGUUUCACUUGCAUUUAGCAUCCCAGUGCGGUCCCGUACCCUGAAGGAAGGCUGUGAGGAGACCGAGGAGGGAGACAUUUAUUUCUUGAUCGAUGGUUCGGGCAGCAUCAGUUGGGAGAACUUCCAAGACAUGAAAACCUUCAUGAACGAAAUGAUCGGCAUGUUUCAGGUUGGAGCUGACAAAGUCCGUUUUGGGGUUGUUCAGUACGGAAGCACUCCACAAAUAGAGUUUGAGAUCACCCGGUACAAUAGUGAAGCACAAUUAAAGGAAGCCAUCAAGAGGAUCCAGCAGAUAGGUGGCGGGACCAACACAGGAGAUGCUUUAAGAGCCAUGCAGCACCUGUUUAAAAUCUCAGCCAGGAACGACAUCCCCCAGUUCCUCAUCGUCAUUACAGACGGAAAAUCACAGGAUCAGGUGACGAAAGCAGCAGAGGAACUGAGACAGCAAGGGAUAGUGAUCUAUGCCAUUGGCGUCAGGGAUGCCGUCCAAGAAGAACUGGAAGAUAUCGCUGGGACAAAAGACCGGAUGUUCUUCGUGAACAAUUUUGAUUCCCUGAAGCUCAUCAAGCAUGAUAUUGCGCAAGAUAUCUGCUCUCCUGAGGUAUGUAGACAAUUGCUAGCGGACAUUAUUUUGCUGAUUGAUUCUUCUGAAAGCAUGGAUGACGACCAGUUUGCCAAGACAAAAGAAUUCAUUCACUUGAUUGUGAACGGGUCUGAUGUUGGAGCUGAUAAGGUCCAGAUUGGAGUGCUCCAGUUCAGCACUAAUCUAAAAGAAGAGUUCCUACUCAACCAGCACGACAACAAGGCUGACCUGAGGAGCGCUAUAAUCAAAAUGAAGCAGAUUAAAGAAGGAACAAACACUGGGAACGCUCUAAAACGUACGCUUGAGUACUUUGACACACCCAAAGGAGGGCGUCCGGGCAUUAAGCAGCAUCUGAUCGUGGUCACAGACGGAAAAUCUAGUGAUGAAGUGGAAAUCCCUGCCAGAGCCCUUAGGGACAAAGGUGUCACCAUCUAUGCCAUUGGGGUAAUCAAAGCCAAUGACACCCAACUUUUGGAGAUUGCUGGCGCACAGGAGAGAGUGUUUUACGAGGAUAGUUUUGAGACCCUCCUGUUUUUGGACAAGACUAUCCUGCUUGAAAUAUGCAAUGCCAAGCAAGAGUGCAAACGAACGGAAGUUGCUGAUAUCAUCUUCGUAGUGCAUGGUUCAAGAGGCGUUGCAGAACUGCAGUUCCAGGCGACUCUGCAGCUCAUGGAAGCCAUUGUGAACGACACGGUGAUGGGGAAAGACAACGUUCAGUUUGGGGCCGUUCUCUAUGGCACUGUCCCCGAAGAGCAAUUCCCGCUGGCUAAGUAUUCCACAAAAAAUCAGGUCAGAGAAGCCAUUUCUAAGCUAAGGCCUCUGGCAGGGCCUGCCUUUACAGCGAGGGCUCUGAAUUUUGCAAGGCAGAGGUUUGACGCAGCCUACGGUGGCCGGGCCUCAUCCCUUGGCGUCACACGGAUCAUUGUGCUUAUCACCAAUGAGCCAACCGCACCGAACGAUCGGCGCCAUCUUCUAUCAGCCGUGCAGGCUUUGAGGCAAGAAGGCAUCCGGGUCAUAGCUAUUGGCAUAGAUGAGGCCAGCAGGACAGAACUAGAAGAGAUUGUUGGCGACAAAGGAAGGUGGUUUUACACUUCAAGUUAUAAUGCAUUGGGGAGAUUGCAUGAAAACAUCACUAGUGAAAUAUGUGAUGGAUCAAAGCCAGCUUGUGGCUCCGAAGAGGCGGACCUUGUGUUUUUGAUUGACAGUUCCGGAAGCAUAUCGCCAAGGAAUUUCUCUACGAUGAAGACGUUUAUGAAGGAAAUCGUAGACAGCUUCAUCAUUGCUCAGGACAAAGUCCGGAUUGGGGUGGCCCAGUACAGCAAAAAUCCCCAGAAAGAAUUUUAUCUCAACGAGUUUGACAAUGACGUUGCUAUCAAGGGAAAGAUUGAAAACAUCACCCAGUUAAAAGCUAGCACCUACACUGGCAAGGGCUUGAGGUUUGUCAAGAGCUUUUUCGAACCCGUCAACGGAGGCCGCAAAAGCAAAGAUGUCCUGCAGUCGCUAAUUGUCAUCACUGAUGGGAAGUCCAAUGACUCUGUGGACGAGGCGGCUGCUGCUCUGAGAAACGACGGGAUCCACAUUUUUGCUAUAGGAAUAGGGACAACCAAUUCCUUUGAGCUGGUUCGAAUUGCUGGCGAUGCUCGGAGAGUGUUUGUGGUGCAGAACUUCGAAGUGCUGCAAACCAUUGAGAGGAAAAUUGUCAAGGAGGUCUGCAAACCCGGAGACCUGCCUACGCGAGACUGCAACAUAGACAUUUCUGUCGGAGUCGAUUUUUCGGAGCGCGCGAGGCCUGCAUCUGCCUGGCCUUUGAAGCAGAGGAUGCAAGCCUAUUUGCCCCGUCUCUUUCGGCAAAUGGGUUCCGUGAUCAAUAUCAGUUGCGUCACCGAGUCUCCUGUCAACAUCAGGUUUAGGUACCAAGUGUUUUCUGGAAGCGGCCAGUCCCUGUUUGACUCUAAUUUUGAAGCCUACAAUGACGAGAUCGUUCAGAAAUUCUUGGCUGUACAAACAACAGUGGACACUUACUUGAAUGCAGACUUUCUGCAGUCCAUUUGGGACAGAUCCCUCAGCCUGGCCUCCGCUAGAGUGAAGGUUCUCUUAGUUUUUUCUGAUGGGCCAGACGACAGCAUAGAAGUGCUCAAAACAACAGUCGACGGUCUUCGCAGGAAAGGGCUCAAUGCGCUUCUAACGAUAGGCCUGGAAAGCUUUCAGGAAUUGCAUGAACUGCAGGAAAUAGAGUUUGGUAGAGGAUUUGAAUAUAUGGAACCUUUGUUCAUCGGAAACCCAGAACUUCCCAGCAGGUUAUGGCGAGCGCUUGAUACUGUCACUGAACGAGAAUGCUGCAAUGUUUGCUGCAAAUGUUUUGGGGAAGAUGGAAUUCGGGGUGCGCCGGGAACUUCUGGGAUAAAGGGACGUGAGGGCUAUCGAGGGCACGCUGGUCAUCCGGGUGAGGAAGGAGGACCGGGAGAUCGGGGUCUAAUGGGUAUCACUGGCAAACGAGGAGAAAGAGGCUGUGCUGGUGCAAGAGGCCUAAAGGGACCAAGAGGAUUCCGAGGAAAUAAGGGUGAAAAUGGUGACAGUGGACUUGACGGGAUCGAUGGACAAGAGGGAGAACGAGGAAUUCCUGGAUCACAUGGACAAAAGGGCAGCUCAGGACGAAGGGGUAGAAAAGGACCCAGAGGAGAGCCUGGUGAGCAUGGAGAGCUUGGUGUAAGAGGAGACAAUGGGGUUCCUGGAAUUGACAACAAUGCCAUUGGUUCAGCUGGUGCAAAAGGAACCACGGGACGGCAGGGGGACCCGGGGACCGAUGGCGUGCAAGGAGAGCCAGGCGAGAAGGGUGCAAAUGGUCCCAAUGGCCGCAGAGGUCGUCCUGGCUUAGAGGGCCUAAAAGGAAAUGAAGGUGACCCAGGUCUUCCUGGGGAGAUGGGGCUACAGGGAAACCAGGGUACACCAGGUUUACGAGGAAUACCUGGACCUCGAGGACUCCAAGGCUUUCCAGGACCCCAAGGUAGUCAAGGAAUUGAUGGCGCACCCGGCUCCAUGGGGAAAGAAGGACCUAGAGGUCAAAAGGGAGAACAUGGUGAUCCUGGAGAAAAUGGCCAACGGGGGCUACCAGGACCAAGAGGCUUGACUGGGCUAGAUGGUGACAAUGGCUAUGGUAUACGAGGAAGAAAAGGAGCAAAGGGGCAGCCUGGAUUUCCUGGAAACCCUGGACUGCAGGGAGAAGAUGGAGAUCCAGGCAUUCCUGGAGAUAAAGGCGCCAAAGGAAUUAGAGGACAACGGGGCCUUGGUGGAACACCAGGAGCAGUUGGUGAUCCAGGGCGCUGGGGAGAACCUGGAAGAAUGGGCCACAAAGGACAAAAAGGCGAACGAGGAAUGACGCCUUGUGAACUUGUUAACUUCACCAGAGGAAACUGCCCUUGCUGUAUAGGUAUGAACAAGUGUCCAGUAUACCCAACCGAAGUAGCGUUUGCCCUUGAUAUGUCUGGAGAUGUUACCCCGGAAUCCUUUGACAGGAUGAAAGACAUCAUGACGUCUUUGCUGAAGGGUAUCGAGAUUAGCAGGAGCAACUGCCCGACUGGCGCACGGGUGUCGGUUCUGUCCUAUAACACCAAUACGAAGUACCUCAUCCGGUUUUCUGACUUCCAGAGGCAGGAGCUUCUGAUGGAGGCAGUUCAGAAAAUUCCACUGGAGAAGUCCUCCGGCAGGCGGAAUAUCGGAAGGGCCAUGAGGUUUGUGGCCAGGAAUGCCUUUAAGCGUCAUCGUCAAGGUGCCCUCAUGAGGAACGUUGCGGUAUUCCUCACCGCUGGACCUUCUCAGGAUGCCACCUCCAUCAAUACAGCCGUAUUGGAAUUCAGCGCCCUAGAUAUCACACCUGUGGUCAUUGCCCUCAGGGAAGUGCCUAAUGUGAGACAAGCCUUUUCGGCAGAUGAUACUCUGCGAUUUCAGUUAUUUGUUUGGGAAACCAAGGAGGAUGAGAACUUGAACUCCGUCUCACGUUGUGCUCUCUGUUUCGAUAAGUGUAACCCCGCUCCAGAAUGCCAGGUAACAGAUUCCCUUCCCGUUCUAAUCAACAUGGACAUCACAUACAUCCUCGACAGCUCUCGAAACGUGGGGAGCGAGGACUUUGAGACCAUGAAGACCUUUGUGAGCAACAUGUUGGAUUCUUUCGUCGUUGCUUCCCUGCCCAUGGAGUCGGACGGAGGGGCGAGGGUAGCAUUGGUGCAGCAGGCUCCGCAAAAUUUCACUGUUGAUGGAUUCUCAAGGCCAGUGAAGACAGAGUUUGAGUUGGUCUCCUAUGACAAUAAGAACCUGAUGAAAAUGCACAUUGAAGAAUCCAUUCACCAGCUGGAAGGUCCAUCAGCAGUAGGACAUGCUCUAGAUUGGACCAUCAGCAACGUAUUUUUGGAAGCCCCCAACCCAAGAAAACACAGGGUCAUCUUUACAAUACUCGGGAGUCAGACCAGUUCCUGGGACAGGGAGAAACUGAGAAAAAUGUCACUAGAAGCCAAGUGCCAAGGAUUCACCAUGCUCACCUUAGCUCUUGGAAGUAGAGUUGAUGAUAUGGAGAUGACUGAACUCUCCAGCGCUCCAGUAGAGCAGCACCUAUUGGCACUGGGCAGGACUGGUAAACUUGAAUUGCCAUAUGCUCUGCAAUUUAGUCGAGCCUUCUUAAAUCUUUUAAAACGAGAAGUGAAUCCUUAUCCUCCUCCAGGCCUGCAGGAAGAAUGUGAAACCCUGGAUCGAGGAGACACUUACCAGCAGCUAAUAAGGAGGACUGACAGUAUCAUUUUCCCUGAAAUAGUUUACAACGAUGCUUUGCAACCAUCAACGUCACCCAGAGGAAACAUGCCAGAAGAAAUUAUGGCAGCCACCCAAGAACCCAUUAAGCACAGAGAAGAGGAGAAACAGUAUGGUGAUUUCACAGACAUCGGUGUUCAAGGUGAAUAUGCUUGCAUAGUGGAUAUGGACAAUGGUGAGUGUGACAAUUACACCCUGAAGUGGUAUUUUGAGAAAAAGCUGCACAUCUGCACCCAGUUCUGGUAUGGUGGCUGCGGAGGAAACGCCAACAGAUUUGAAACUCGAGAAGAAUGCGAAGCUUUAUGCAUCAAAUCAUCCUAACGUGGAGAGUGCCAGCCAUGAACAAUGGGCCUAGUUAUCCACUAAUAAACCCAAAUAUGAAUACCCAAGAUCAAAUGAAACAGAUGUUAAAUUUUGUGGCGCAGAGAGAAAAUUUGGUGCUUGCAUCUGAUAAGAACAACGUGUCUUGUGGCACCUUAAACACGCGACAAAUUUAUUUUGACAUAUUUAUCCACCAGAACUUCUGGUUUCCUUAGGAUGUUUUGUUGUUUUUUUCCUGCUAUAAUCAAUUAAUAGCACAGCUCUGUAGGGGUUAAAGUAAUUUCUUCGUUGACUAUGGAAGUAGCUGCGGACAUUAAAAAAAAAGACUAAAACUUGAUAUCACUUCAUUACCAAGAUGUGCACCUUGUACAGGAGACAAACGAUACCUCAGACAUUUGAAAGUGAGCUCUGGGUUGCCACUGACACAAUGUCACGGCUAGUAGAACUGUUCUGUUUUUCCCCCCAAGGUGUAAAAUUACAAAAUUGUGGUAAUAAAUGUUUCAUGCAACUGA